AUGCCAGACGACGACGACGACAACGACAACCUCUUUUCCACCAACCAGCCCUCCAUCUCCAGCCUCCUCACCCAACUCCGCCGCAGCACCCUCACGCCUCGCAACCGCCUCCAGAGCAUCCACGCCGACGCCUCCUUUGUCGCCGAGAAGAGACAAAGGAGAAAUAGGCCGCUGGUGGCAAACGAGCGCUGCGGAAGCUGGUACAUUCCUCCCGGGAAAAAGGACGGCAGCGCCUAUUUCAAAAGCACGGACGGCCAUGAGCGGGCGUGGAAGUUUAGCACAAGGAGGCUGAAUUUACAUCUGAUUGACAUGAUUGAGAAGAAUGACGGCAUCAUCAUCGUAGACUCUACCCGAAUGCCAGACGCCCUCUCCACCACAAUCCCCAUCUGGUGCACCGUCCUCAACCUCGCCCUCCUCCCAUCCCACCCCCUGUCCUCCAAGCUCUUCCUCCCCCCUUACCUCCCCGCAUCAACCCACGCCCAAAUCACCGCCCUCAUACCCUCCUUCCUCUCUUCCCUCAAGGAGCUCAACCUCAACCUGCCCACGUCCCUCACGAAGCCCCUCCGUCCGCUAUGGAUCACGCAGGACUCUUCCCUCCCUUCACCACCACCCUCAGGUGACUCAGAAGAAGAAGAAGACGAUCUCGAUCAAGACCAGGGCGUCAUCUUCCAAGACUACAGACCCGUCAUUUGCUGCACCGCCAGCAGGCGAGUCGUCGGCAGCGAGGUCGACCAGGGGGGCUACAUCCAGGGCGCCGGCGACGACACGGAGAACUGGGCCAUGGGACUGACGCCCGACGUCUUCUGGUCCAAUGCCGAUGCUCUGCUCUCCGCAUCAGACGCUGAGCUGCCCGAGCUCAUACCCAAGCUAGUUCAAGAGGCCAAGACUGCCAGGACAUCAGCAGCUCCUUCGGGGGUGGGCGGUGCCGAAACCCAGGCUUGCCUUCCGAGAAAGCAGCUCACGCCGUACAUCUCCGCACCAACUGAAUGCCUCAUCCUCCUCACCGAAAUCCAAACCCCAAAGGAAUCAUGGCUCCUCUCCCCGACGCUGCUUCGCGUCGGCCUCGGCAAGCACAAGACGGCCAGUCGGAACCUCCGCCUCGCCCUCUCUGACAUCUGCUCCUUUGCCGCCGAAUUCCUCCACAAGGCCAACAACAACAACAACAACAACAACAAGCAGCAACAACAACAAGUCGCCAAUCCGCCGCCUCAAAUUGUCGUCGCCUGUGACUCGGGCAGGGACCUCUCCGUGGGCGUCGCCCUCGCUCUGUCAUGCUACUUGUUUGACGACAAGGGUCGACCCCGUGAUCCUGGUGAGGGCCCGUCGUUCACCAAGACGCUGGUCAAGAUGAGGCUUGGGGCGGUCAUGACGGCGUAUCCCGAGGCGAAUCCGAGCAGGAACACGCUGCAGAGCGUGAAUAGCUUCUUGAUGGACUGGAGGAGCUAG